GACAAGAUCAUAUUAAACUUGCACAACCCAGUAGAGGCACUCAGUAUAGACAGACAGCCACUCCCGGCUCUUCAGUUGCAAUGAUGAAAUGUAUGCUGCUCAUCACCUUCUUGGCUUUAAUAACUUGUACUACAGGUGCUGUCAUCACUGGGGCCUGUGAGAGAGAUCUACAGUGUGGCCCGGGGUCCUGCUGUGCUGUCAGCCUGUGGCUCCGUGGACUACGUAUGUGUACACCACGUGGGCAAGAAGGAGAUGAGUGCCACCCUUUCAGUCACAAGGUUCCAUUUUUUGGCAAGCGACAACAUCAUACCUGCCCUUGCCUGCCUCACCUUAUCUGCACACGAUAUCUUGACAGCAAAUAUAGAUGUUCUAACAAUUUUAAAAACAUAGACUUUCAGUAAGAAAAUGAAAAUAAUAGUCAAGAAUGAAAACUUCAUGACAAUGAAAAAGUCCCUGAGAGUGAACGGGAGAGAAAGCAGGAAAGACUGGCAAUCAUUCCCUUGCAUUUCUCUGAGAAUAAAUACACUGGGAAUUGGGAGCUAAUAAUUUUACUAUCCAUUAACAAUGCAUUUUAUGUAAUAAUCAUUUUAAAGUUGAAGUCAACUGAGUGGGAGCUUGACAUAAUAACAUGCACACUGUAUAUCUUGCACAAGAUGUACUUUAUUAAUGAAAUAAAAUGGCCAGCUUGGCCAGCAAAUCAAUCUUUAUUCAAUAUAGUCUUUUAAAACAAACAAUACACUUUAGAAUUACAAUACUUGUUAAUUUUAAUAAUGCAAUGAAAAAUAAAAUUCAGGACUAGUUUACACUACUUGACCAAUUAAAAGCAGGUGAUAAGAACUUAAAUUAAAUGCCACAAUCCAACACAUAAGAAGUCUCAAUCACAACAUCAAAACUCAAUUUAAUAAAUAAUCAGUCUUUAAUGCCGACUACAAAGAAUCUGUUGUCUAAAUGCUCCCAUCUCCCAUUAUUUCUGAAACUUGAAUUAAUUGUAUUUAUUAACUUAUUCAGUAGUGAUGUUAUUUCCGUGUAUAUUACACUUUGCUUGCCAUGACCUGUAAUAAAUUUAUAUAUUUUA